CCUCGAUCAUGACGCCAAUUCUUAUUCUAGACGGUGGUCUAGGGACCUCCCUGCAACAGAAAUACGGUGUUGAAUUUUCAUCGUCAAAGACCCCCCUGUGGUCCACCGACCUCCUGGUGUCUGAUCCCAAAACCCUGCUCGCCUGUCAGUCCGACUUCGGCAACGUCCCUGUCGAUGUUCUCCUCACGGCAACAUACCAAGCAUCUAUACAUGGCUUCAAGGCCACCAAAUCAGAGAGUCAUCCCAGUGGGAUUGAACAAGAUGAGAUCAGUCGAUACUUGACUACCGCGGUGGACGUUGCCAACCAGGCAGGCUCGGCUCAAGUAGCGCUCAGCAUCGGUCCCUACGGCGCAUGCAUGAUUCCCAGUCAGGAGUACAGCGGCCAGUACGAUGCGGGACACGAUUCGAUGGAGUCGCUUGAAGAGUGGCACAGGGAGAGGUUCGAGCUGUUUGCCGAGGUCAAUGACAUCAACUCGCGCGUUGGGUAUGUGGCUCUCGAAACGGUGCCGCGACUAGACGAAAUUAGAGCGAUGAGGAGGGCCGUGAACUCUGUCUCAGUGUUCUCGGACGUCCCGCACUGGGUCUCUUGCCUGUAUCCUGGAGAGGACGAGACACUUCCCGAUGGUGCUUCCGCGGGCGACGCUGUCAGGGCAAUGGUGGAUCCAGCUGACGGUCCACUGCCAUGGGGGAUUGGGAUCAACUGCACCAAGGUGUGGAAGCUGAAGGGUAUUGUGGAGGUAUACGGGAGUGUCAUUCGCGAGUUGAUCGGUCAAAAUAAACUUGGCGAGUGGCCGGCACUCGUGCUUUACCCCGACGGCACAAACGGUGAAGUCUACAACACCGAGACGCAGACGUGGGAGGUUCCCUCUGGAAUUGAAACGGAAGGCAGGGAAAGCUGGGAAGAACAGUUGAAGAGUGUAGUCAGAGACGCCAUUGCUGGAGGGGAAUGGAGAUGCGUCGUUGUGGGAGGCUGCUGCAUGGCCAGUGCGGAGGACAUUCAGCGUUUGAGGGCAGCGCUUCAGUCGAAAGAUUCUUGAGCUUGGUGAUAGAAACACACUCCCAUGGCAACGCCUGCGUAUCUGUCUGGUGCUUUAUGAAACCCAAAAGGAGCGGAGUGGAACUCAUAGCGAGGUGUGUGUUGGGUGUAAAACUCUUGUCUGCAUUGUUGAUACAGGGGCAGUGCGGCGCUACCUUCAUGUACGGCUGUCUCUCUGAGCAGAUGCGCAAAUACAAUGCCCAUCAUCUUAGUAAAAAAUGUUUCUGGACUAAGUAUUAGUAUGUUGCAACAAUCACGCGGCGGGCACUUAUGUUAGAAAGUGGGCACGCAGUAGAGUAGGGUAUUCAGAGUGAAG